AUGACUCAAAGAAUCAUUCAAACAACAAAAGAUGCAAAAGAACAACAAGAAGAUCUCAAUAAAUUACGAAAGAUGCUAAUUAAUUCUAAUUAUCCUAUGAAAGAAAUAGAAAAACUUAUAAAAGAAACUUGUGAAACAUCAAGUACAAAUAAGUCGUCAACAUCAAAUAACAAAGAAUUUAAAUUUACCAUCAGUUUACCAUACGUUCCUGGAAUCGAAGUACUUAAACGAAAAUUAGAAAAAUUAAAUAUUAAAUUAUAUUUUUCUUAUCCAAAUAAAAUACAAACAUUUUUGAAUCAACCGAUGAAAAUACAAUCAAAAUCAGUGGUAUAUCAAGUUCAAUGUGACUGCAACCCACCAAAGAUAUAUAAUGGUGAAACAAAAGUCGGUAUCAAAAAGAGAAUGCACCAACACUAUCAACUUAUAAACAGACUCGAUAAUAAAUCAGAAAUGGUUCAACAUAUUGAAGAAAAUCGUUACCAAUGCUUAUUUAAUACUGAAAAAGCUUUUAUAAUAGAAAAAGAAAAAAAUAAAUCUUCUUCUAUUCAAUUACUUGGUGCAGUUGUUACACGAUCAAAAUCUAAAGCAACAUCAACUAAUAUUACCUCUUCAUCUUCACCACAACAGCCACAAACUUCUUCAGAUGCUUCAUCGUUUUCUUCAACUGUUUCUAAUCAUUCAAAUUAUCUUGUUCAACAUUUCGAUAUUACAGAAUUAAAAGAACAUCAAAAUAAUGAUAUUCAAAUUCAAAAAAUUAUUAAUAAUUUAAAACGAAAUCCAAAUAUUUCUUUUGAUCUUAAAGAUGGAAUUUUAUAUAAAUUACAAUCUAAUUAUCAUGAAAAAACAAAACGAACAUUAAUUUAUAUUCCAUCUUCCAUGAUAACAUCAUUACUUGUUUCUUAUCAUGAUAAUCCUUUAAUUGGUGGUCAUUUUGCGGUUAGAAGAACAUUAAAUAAAAUCCAACAACAAUUUUGGUGGCCAAAUAUGAAGCAAUCUGUUAUUGAUCAUAUCAAAUCCUGUGUUGUUUGUCAAGCUUAUAAUGUUAGUCGAGAAAAACGUCCAGGAUUUCUUCAUCCAGUUCCACCUCCUGAUGGUCCUAAUCAAUUAAUUGGAAUGGAUUUUUGUGGUCCAUUUCCAACAACACCACAAGAUAAUAAAUAUGUUUUAUGUCUCACAGACUAUUUUACAAAGUUUGUAACUGCUAUACCAUUACCAGUAUGUUCUGCUUAA